AUGGUCAACACCUCUCUAAGGUUAGCAUCCUCUUCGGUACCGGUUGAUGAGACCAGCCGUGGAGCUGGCUGCGGCCCCGACGCUUCCGAAGAUAAAGAGUCUCUUUCGGGGUCGUCAGAGGAGAACGGUGUACUCGGCAAGGCUCAUGUGUACACCCCGGGUACAGGAUCGACGGAAAGUGUGCCCAGCAGCCCUAUAAGAUCAGACUCGGGCGGGGUUGUUCGUAGAGGGACAACUACGAACGGCAUGCCAGGCGCGGCGGACGUUAGUUCGGGAAGGAAUAACGAAGGGGCGGGGCACCUUGAAGUGGGAAUUGGCGAGAAGUCCACGGGAGACACGGAGGCGUCUUUGCGUACAUCUCUGGAGGAGCAGUCGAAGGCAAACCCCAACCGCUCAUAUAUGUCAACCGACUUCAAGGACGUAGAGAACGUGUACAAGGGAAUUGCAGCCCUCUCUGCGACGGCUGCAAACGUCGAGACACGCUCGGGCGUGCCAGGCUGUACGUUGCCGCUGUCGAGUAGUCUGUCUCUGAAGAGAUCUAGACCGGAUAUUGAAGUAAUAGAAGCCAUGCUUGGCGCGGCACGAAGCAACAGCGGAGAGGCAUCUUCCGACUUGGAGAAAUUCAAGUCGCACCUGCUUGCCGGCUUGUCGCUCCGUGGGUCGGAAACUGCCUCGAAGAAGAGCAAGAUUCUUCAGGCGACUGCUUCGGAAAGCACGACGAUUCCGUCCUCGCCAACAUCACCGACAGCCGCUGCGGUCGAACUCCUCGCCGCUGCAGAGCUGUGGUCUACCUCGCGUGCAAGUGCUCAUUCAGGGCGGCGCACGGGGAGCAUGCGACCGGCCGACACGGAGUUGAGUGCUGCUGCUUCGACGCAGAUAGGCGGUGAACCGUCAGACGCAGGGGGAGCCUCAGGCAACGGGAGCAGAGCCUCAGGAUCGACAUACGGUCAGCGAACACACAGUUUCGUUGUCAGUGGGAAUGAUGCAGAGGAAGACUACGAAGAACAGGAUGUCGCUGAACAGGUUCGUCUGCUCAAGCCGCGACAGGGACAAGGGAAACGCCCCACUCUUAGAACAGUCGCGCGCAAGGACGCGUCGGUCGACCGCGCAGGACCGGAAAAUCGGGGUGUCGAUAGGGAGACCAAAUACGUAGCAAAGGAACCCAAAGGUGACGCACGAGACGAUAUCAAGAGCGGCAGUCCUUCGCAUUCCGCGGGCCGAUGCUGGCAAAAGGCAAACAUGGGAGCGGGAACGUCUGUGGGUGAAGCGGCGUCUUUCAUCAAGGCGUGUGAACACGUUGGUGUAUUUCUUGCCGAGACCCGGCGGCGAUUGGGAUGUAGCGAGAAUGCUACGGGGCAGUCACACCGCGCGAAGCAGCUCGCAGAGAUCAAGCAGCUUUUUUUGCAAGCAGGCAAACAAGGGGAUGUAAUGGAGAACUCGGAUUUGCGGGGUUCAGGCCCCUAUCCAGAGACUUCGUUAGAAUCCUACACAAUACGUGGUGUACAUGCGUCCGUGGAAGGAAGCAGUGUGGUGUCUCAGCGUGUUCAAGCAACUCCACAGUAUGACGAACGGCACAGCACACUGUUCCUCGGAAAUGAAGGCGACGUGGGUGAGACUGCUGUCGUUUAUUACCCCGGAGAGGAAGGAAGCGUUUGCUCACUGGUAAACCAACAUAUGUCGGCGCCGUCUCUGGAAGCGUCUCGGGGGGAAAUCACUCCGAGCAGCGUGGCUGUGAAGAGCGAGGAGGACGGACCAACAAAUAGGACAGAUUGUUCCAGCAGCCCUGGCAAAUUUGUGAGACCAGAUCAAGAUUCGAAUGACGAAACAAGUGCCGGAUCUCCGGUGCCUGAGAGCGCCGUUGGUAACAACGACGACGACGGCGUAUGCGGGCGCAGGGGAAGUCCGACGGAAGAGAGCGGCGAAGGCGAGAUAAGGACGGCAGAAGGGGGCAACGGGCAUCCAAAUGGGACUCCCGGUGAAGAGGUGGCUUCUUGA